AUCCAACAUGACAGCAGUAGAUGCAGAGGGCCAGCUGGCCGAUUUGAAGCUCGAUGGCUCAGAAACGCCAGCAAAGCAGAACGGUACAACAGCUACAAAUGGUGCAAGUGGAGACGUAGAAGCGGGCGAAUCCGACGACGAUGAGGCCGACGAGGCGGAGGGGGCGGGUGGAGAGGGAGCUGGCGAAGGAGCAGCGAAGAAAAAGAAGAAGAGAAAGCCGCGCAAGAAGAAGAAGGCUGGCGCAUCUGCCACGCCGGGUGGAGGAGCAAAGGCGCAGACCAAGCCUCCCACACGAAAGGUAUCAGAACUGUUCCCAGAGAACUCGUACCCGAUUGGCGAAGAGGUCGAAUAUAAGAACGACAACGCAUAUCGGACAACAAGCGAGGAGAAGCGCCACCUGGACCGCAUGAACUCGGACUUCUUGACAGAGUAUCGUCAAGCAGCUGAGGUGCAUAGAGAAGUGCGGAAGUAUGCCAAAUCAAUUAUCAAACCUGGCAUGUCUCUCACUGAGAUCGCGGAAACCAUUGAGAAUGGUACCCGUCACCUGACUGGACACAUGGGUCUCGAGGAAGGCGACAACUUGCUUGGAGGUGUGGCCUUCCCAACUGGUCUCUCACUCAAUCACUGCGCGGCACAUUACACUCCUAAUGCAGGCAACAAGAUGAUUCUGAAAGAAGAGGAUGUCAUGAAAGUUGACUUUGGAGUGCAUGUUAACGGCCGCAUUGUCGAUUCAGCUUUCACUGUAGCUUUCCAACCGCAGUACGACAACUUACUAGCCGCCGUGAAGGACGCCACCAACACUGGUAUACGUUUGGCUGGUAUCGAUGCGAGAAUGUCAGAGAUCGGUGAAGGUAUUCAAGAAGCUAUGGAAGCUUAUGAAGUAGAAAUCAAUGGACAGACAUACCCUGUCAAGGCAAUCCGGAACCUGAACGGACAUACCAUCAGUCAAUACAGUAUCCAUGGUGGCUCAGCAGGCAAGUCGGUCCCGAUUGUAAAAGGCGGGUCAAACGAGAAGAUGGAAGAAGGCGAGACAUAUGCCAUCGAGACCUUCGGCUCGACAGGCAAGGGUUACGUGCGCGACGACAUGGAGUGCUCACACUACGCCAAAAUCGCAGACGCGCCAAAAGUCGCGCUGCGGGUCGCAAGUGCAAAGACUCUUCUUAAGUCAAUCGACAAGAAUUUUGGUACUCUACCAUUUUGUAGAAGAUAUUUGGAUCGACUCGGCCACGAUAAAUAUCUUCUUGGGCUGAACAACUUGGUACAGAGUGGCAUUGUACAGGACUACCCACCUCUUGUCGAUAUCAAAGGAUCUUAUACGGCACAAUACGAGCACACUAUCCUGCUCAGGCCGAACGUGAAGGAGGUUAUUUCCAGAGGCGAUGAUUAUUAGGCAGAAUCCAGUGGCAUGUACUUGUGGUCCACAAAAGUGGCAUGAUAUGGCGUUGAUAGCUACCUUACCUACUCGAAUGACAGCUUUCUUGGAUUGUAGCACCG